GGAUGUUGACAUAGUAAUUUUUUUAGUUUUAAUCCUGUAUUGUUGGAUUUCAAUAAUACAGCUGUUUCACUAUCCAAAUUUUGCGAAGUAAUUUAGUCAUUAUAUAACUGGUGUUAAGAAAAAAAAUGUUUUUAAGCGUGAUAAUGCGUCAGCCACAACAUUUUCACUACCUGAAAUGUGCUGAAUAUUAGAAAAAAAUUGACUAAUAAAAUUAGUUGUCUAAUUUGUCUUGGUAAACAUUUUUCGAUUUUUUGUUGAAAAGCGUAUAUUAGUAGUUUAUGAUCCGUAUAUAAAGUAAACUGACUAGCUUCUUACUUAGAAGAGACGGGAAUAACGUCUAAAUAAUAAUUACAAAAAUCUAAAUCACUUAAGAUAUUAUUGAUAAACUACUGAAAAGAUUGUACAACGUUUCGUAGCCCAAAUGGCAUGGCUAAAAAUUCAUAUAAUUCGAAUUGCGUAAUUACUGCUGUUUUUCAACAUCGGUAUCUAAAAACCAGUUUGGAUUUAUGCCUGGUAAGUCAACAAUGGAGCCAUUAUUUUAUGUGAGUCAACUAAUAGAAAAGUAUAGGGAAAAUAAGAAAAAGCUGUGAAUGGUAUUUAUAGAUUUGGAGAAACAUAAGAGUACCGAGAAAGGUUUUAAAGUGGGCAUUAAUGAGAAAAGGAGUCCCGAAAAGAUACAUUAAAUUCGUGUUGGUGAAGCGGAGAGAAGCGUCUGGUGUGUUAUGCGAUAAAAAAAUUCUAAUGAUGCUGAAGAGUAAACUCUAUAAGAUUAUAGUGAGACCAACUAUAAAUGUAUGGCUCAGAGUUUUGGGCGAUUGUCAAGAAAGUAGAGCAGAGAUGACGAUGCUAAGAUGGAUGAGAGGAGUGACUUGAGAAGACAGAAUAAGGAACGAACAUAUAGGAGGGAGUACAGGUAUAGCACCUAUCGUGGAUAAAACGAGCGAAAAUAAACUUGGAUGGUUAGGUCGUGUUAUGAGGAGAGAGGAAUUGGAAGCUGUAAGAACGUUUAUAGAAAUUAAUGUUGAAGGAAGAAAAGCCAGAGGAAGACCAAAAAAGGGUUGGAGGGAUGUAAUUUAAUGCUAUAUGAUGUGGGAGAUCGUGACAAGUGGAAAUUUAGGAUAAGGGAGGUCACCCCAAGUAUUUGGGAUUAAGGCGUAAAAAAAAGAAGAACAAGACUGCUGUUUUUCGAAUGUCGUUAGGCUCAACUGGAAUAUGAAAAUAAACGCGUAUUAAGUAAAUAGCGGAGAAAGUUAUUUCUCCACAGAGUGUUUGAGUAAUAUCUUGGACAAAUGAUAAUAACCUGGAGCAGUUACGUUAUUUAAACGACGGCAAUCACAGCAUGGUCUCCAGUUGUCACUAGGGGGAAAGAAUUAAACGAUGAGUUAAAUGGUAAAUUAAUGGAAACUCUAGAACAACCACCGCCAGAUAGAACGGGGGUUUAUUUGGUCGAUUCACCAGAGAAGGGUACAAUUGCACUAAGUCCACUUGAAACGAAAAAGCCCAUUAUUGAUGACGAUUUUAAAUUGAUAAAUAUGUUUCACAACAAAGAACGAAUACGUGAAUCUGUAGCGCUGGGUAUGAAAAAAUUGGCGGAGAGUAAUUGUAAAAAAAUAUUGAUUGGUAAUUAUGACGAUGAUAAAACAGCUUCUGAAGCGGCCUAUCUGACUGCUUACCAGCCUCCAGACUGUAUUAAAACAUGUAUGACCGGUGUAUGUGUUGAUAACUAUGACAAAAGAUGUUGUCAAAAAGAAUGGGAAACUGGUAUGAUCGCAGCAAAAGCGCAGAAUCUAUCGCGGCAUAUACAAGACACAAAAAUAGAAAAUAUGAAACCUACCAACUUUGCUGAAACUGCAAUUAGAGAAUUAUGUUGUUGUGAUGUUAAGGUCGAGGUUCGGGAUGAAAGAUGGAUGAAGGCAAAAAAAAUGACGGGUGUAUUAAUGGCAGCUCAAACUACUUGCGUGGAACCACUUUUCCUUGAGCUUUCUUAUUUUGCUAAGAAAAAUGAAAAAGGUAGACCAUUGCUUUUUGUUGGUAGAGGAAGUUGCUUGGAGGAAUGUUGCGCCCAAGGUGAACCACCAAAAAUAUUAUCAAACGAUUAUGCCAGUGCAGCAGCUAUUGUAGGUGCAUUUUACGGUGCCGCCAAGAUGCUUCUACCAAUGGAUAUGAUGGCCUACAUUCCAAUAUAUGGUUAUAAUCCUAUGCGAGCUGGAGCCGGGUCUGUAGUAAAUAACUUUAAUGGUAUAAAAACUAAGCUGGCUUCAAUUUGCAACGAGGGAUGCAUUGUUAUGUCCGAUGCUCUUAGUUAUUCUAAGUGCUCAACGCCUAGCCUAAUAAUGACUAUCGACUCACAACCUCACGAUGCUCGAGUUGAUUUUAAAAGUCUUUUCAACGUGUGUUUGACAAAUUGUGAUGUUCUUUGGCAAGCAAUUAGAGUAUCAGGUAUCCUAUCUGGCGAUCGUUUUUGGAGAAUAAUUGCUUACGAUAACUUCCUCGAAGAGAUUAAUAUGCUUAACGAUGUAGAUUUAUCCAAUAGAGGCGAACUCGAAGAAUUCCAAGGAGUUGGACAUGCGCAUGCAUUUCUAAGCAAAUUUAUACCUUGUUGCGAUGCUCAGUAUGGUCAUAUACAAAUAGCUCGUACGUGUAGUGGUGUGUCAGACGGACGAAUUGCUCCAUAUUUGCUGGAAGGUUUGAAACUUGGUCGGCCAACACGAAGUUUAAUUGAAUUAUUAUAUUACAUGGCAUGUCCUCACCAACAAGUUCCCCCCAAUGAAUGUUGUGAUAGCAAAUAAACAGUACAACAUUUAAUAGUUAUGAACAGCUCGAAUUAGUUCAAAUGUGACAUUAAUUUGGCCUCGAAAAAUAUUGAAUUUUAACCAAAAAAAUGAUAUUAAACAAUAAAAUUAAUUUUUGACUAGUUUUUGGUAAAUUAAUGAGUAGUAAUGUGCCCAAGUAAAGUAUUGUUUUUUAAACAAUCAAGGUUUGUAUAAUAAUAACUUAUGAAAUUAUUUUCACGAAGUGAAUUUUAUAAAUACAGAAUUAUCAAGUAAAAGUUGAAUGCUAUAGUUUCUAUUCUAUUUUAAAAGUUUUACGUAUUCUUAUAACUACUAAAUUUUUGAGGAAAUUUUAAAGAGGACGCUUAUUGUAUGCUGUGAGAUGUAGAAGGCCAAGUUUCUUUUUGUUUUCUUCGCAUGAUAUCACGGUAGGUACUUCCAAACACGAAGAAACCAAAUAUUCUUAUAAGAUUUACUAAUCAAAUAAUUCAAAUAAACGUGGUAAUUAACUACAGAGGAAUAAAAUGUAUUUUAAUAUUAGUUAAGGAAAAAUAUAAAAGAUGUUUCGCGUAGUAAAUGUAUGUACAAACCGAGUAUCUAGUAAAAGCCGGUUAAAAAAAAUUCUUAACUGAAUACCGAGUUAACCGAGUCCUAAAGAGGAGUUUGGGUACCAGAAUCAUUUCUAAUAAAUAUUACUUAUAAUUUUCAUUACUCUCAAUGAUAUGAGUUAAUUUAUUUAAAUAAUAAAGGGUUUAUUCUUCGAUUAUAACUAUAAGCAAUAAAAUGUGACAUUACUUUGGCCAGUGUUAUGCAUGAAAAUGGUUCACUAUUUACCAUUUAUAGAAAGAGAAAUUUUUGGCUAUACUUGGAAGCCAUAGAGGAUGCCUUCACUCUACUUUUCUGUAAAAAUUAUUUGUGAUAAUAUUUUAAUAUUUUUAGUAAU